GGUUUGGACAAUUCACUUAGCUUUGGAUGUCUUUCUUGUAUCACAGAUGUAAGUCUUGCCUGUUGGUGCCUUCUGAAGCAGGAGGAGCACCAUUUGUUCCAGAAGCAGAGGCUUACCCUUCUUCCUGUGUCUGUUCAUAACAAAGCAGAAAACACAUGUUUUCCAUCUGUGGACAGGGACAGGGCACUGUCCCUUUCUGCUUUGCAUGCAAGGAUACACCAUCCUCUGAUGGCUUGGGUUUUGCUUAAAUCUUGCUUUACCCUUAGUGAUGCCUCAAACCCCUUUGUUAUCCCCCAGAAGCUCUGGUCAUCACUGUGGAAUUCCUGGUAUGAGAAGGCAGAGCUUCGGGAGAGAGAGAGAGGAUCCUUACUGAACUGCUGUGAUCAUGAAGACAGUGAUUUUAAUUGCCCUGAUCAGCUUUACCUUGCUGUCUUCAGGGAAGAAGUUCCGGUGGUGCACCCUUUCUGACCUGGAGCAGAGAAAGUGUGCUGAACUCUCCAAAGCACUUCUGGCUGUGCUGCCCCUUGCUGCUGUCAAUUCCUUUAAUAGGAUUUCUUGCAUCAGAGCCCUCAACACUCACGACUGCAUUGACAAAAUCAGAGCAAAUAAAGCAGAUGCUGCCUCCUUGGAUGCUGGAGAUGUUUACUCUGCUGUGAAGCUGUAUGGUUUGACAGUGGUGGCAAAGGAGAUCUAUGAUCAAGGAAACUGUGUUUUUGCUGUGGCCAUUGCCAAACGAGGAACUCUGAAUAUCCAGAGGCUACGAGGUGCACGCAGCUGCCACAACGGAGCCAGAUGGACAUCGGGCUGGAAUAUCCCACUUGGCUUUCUCCUUGCAAGGAAUGACCUUUCCUGGGAUGAGUCCCAAUCUCUGAGCCAAGUGGUCAGUGACUAUUUCAAUGCGAGCUGCAUCCCUGGGGUUGGUAUUGCUGCUCCUCGACUGUGUGCUCUCUGCCAAGGACAAAAGUCCUAUGUCAGGGACAAGAACCACUUCUGUGAGACAAGUGGUAAUGAGCCCUACUAUGACUCUGAGGGAGCCUUCAGGUGCCUGAAGGAUGGAGUGGCAGAUGUUGCCUUUUUAGAUCAUCUGACAAUUUUGAGUGCCACAGAGGCAGAGCAGCAGGAGUAUGAGCUCUUAUGUCCUGAUGGGACUACAGCUGGGCUGGCUGAGUACAGCACCUGUAACCUGGGCAAGGGGCCUGGCCGUGGCAUUGUCACCCGCCACAACUUCCAGAAGAUCACCAACAAAUUUCUGAACACAAUCCAACGCUUCUUUGGGCAGAGAGGAAAGGAAAGAGCCAGGUUUGAACUCUUCACUUCAGCACCCUUUGGGGGAAGGAACCUGCUGUUCCGAGAUGCCACUCAGCACCUGCAGCUUCUUGAGGAGCAGCUAGAGAUUGCCUAUGUCCUCGGUCUGGAUUACGUAGCUCUCCUUAAGGGACUAGGCCAUGAAGGCAGCUCCUUGGACAACAGCAUCGUGCGCUGGUGCUGCAUCAGUGAUGCUGAGCUGCAUAAAUGCGAGGAGUGGGCCCUGAGCAUCAAAUCUGACCCUUUAGUCUGUGUCCAAGCAACUUCCAUGACCAAAUGCAUUGAAAUGAUCAAGGGCAGUGAGGCUGAUGCAGUCACCUUGGAUGCAACACAUGUCUACAUUGCAGGGAGGUGUGGAUUGGUGCCUGUGGCUGCAGAAUGUUAUGGGGGAGAUUGUGUCCCUGCUGUUGAGAGCACAGAGGAAACAGGGAAACUGAUUCAUCUUAAGCACAAAGCUCUGUCGCCUGUCUAUGCUGUUGCCUUAGCUAAGAAGAGCACCAAGCAGAUCAACAUCCAUAACCUCAGGGGCAGGCGAUCCUGCCACAGUCACCUCUAUAGUCCUGGAGGAUGGUUACUGCUUUCCAGAUACACAGUUGGAGCUCUGGAGAAUGAGACUGGGAACUGUGACAUUGGCUCUGCUUAUCAGAGUUACUUUUGGAAGAGCUGCAUGCCAGGAGCAGAUGGGAACCUGUGCAAGGUGUGCAUUGGAGACAGCAAGGUGGAAGGGGCCCGAGUGUCCAGCAGGUGUGCUGCCGGUCACAACGAACACUACUAUGGCAACAUGGGGGCACUCAGGUGCCUGGUUGGCAAUCCCAGCGGUAGAAGCUUCGGAGAUGUAGCUUUCCUGGAACACUCUCAGCUGCUCCAGAACAUAGCAAAUCUGGACAGCUCUGGCUGGGCCAAAGGUUACAGCCCUCUUGACUUGGAGCUGCUGUGUGCGGAUGGGACACGUGCUGCGGUCACAGAGUGGGCAGCCUGCAACCUUGGCCCCAUCCCCCCCAGCGCGGUCAUGACGCGCCCUGUCAGUGUCACUAAGAUCUCUGACUUCCUAACCAAGUCCCAGGAAUCUCUGAGAAGCAAACUGGAUGCUGGAUUCCAUCUCUUUCGGUCCUGGAAGUAUGGUGAAAGUGAUCUGCUUUUCAAAGAUGCUACUCAGUACCUUGUCCCUGCAAGUCACAUGAGCUAUCAGGACAUUCUUGGAGAGUCUUUCUUUCAGCUGGCAGAAUCAGUGUUCAAUUGCACAUCUGCAGGCAUCUUAGACUUCUGCAGCCAGAACAUCUGUGCGUCCUCCUUGAACUGACAGCUGGCAGAGAGGCUUUGCAAGACACACAGAGCAACAUCAGUGUCGAAAACAAGGAAACCUGCAAGUCCAAACUGCCCAAAGCAAUCAGCAAGGGAAAAGUCAUCUCUAUAAAUGUAUGCUGAAUACUCUCUUGGUUUUUUUUGGUUUGUUGGUUUGGGGGUUAAGAGCAGAUUUUAUGCUUAUAAUGUAAUGCCACUCACAUCUCAUCCCUUGCUUGUUUGGAACAUGGCACCAUGUGGAACACACAGGCCAGCCUGCAUAAGCCACAGCACAGAAGUAGGAUCAGCAGUGCUGUACAGCUGUGGAAAAAGCAGCAGUUCUGUGGAAACAGCAGGGCCAGUACCAGGACUAAACUACAGACUGUCAUGAGUGGCACAGGUUAGUUGGCAGCACUUUGCCUUGCUUGUCUUAUGAACUGUUUCCAUGCAGAAAAAUCAGCUGAUAUUUGGGUAGUGUCAGCAUUAUCCUCCUCUGUCCAUGAAUUUGGCUGCAGCUAGAGAUGUGCUGUAGGUUGUGUAAUUGCUACCAGAAUCAAGUCACCUUUCCUGCUUUGAACUGGGAAGAAUGGGUUUGCUUUUUUAACCAAGAAUUGAUACUAGUAAUACAUUAAGUUGUGGAUGAAAAUGUUUGGAUUUAAAGCAUCUAACAGCCAGCAGAAGAGGCUGCUUGCAGCCUUAAGGACAGCAGUGGAUACAAUCCCUCUCAGAACCUCCAACCAUUACCUUAUAGUGCUUUGACAAUGCUUCUGUGAAGUGUCCAAAUAUGCUUUAUCAAUUAAACAGCGCUGGGUUUACAAGCAGAAGCUGCCUGA